AUGGUGGCGGGCACCAAGUGGCGCGGCAUGUUCGAGGCGCGCCUCAGGAGCGCCAUCCGGCGGGUGGAGGAGUCGGCCGGCAAGGUCAUCCUGUUCGUCGACGAGAUGCACAUGCUCGUCGGCGCCGGGGACAACCGGGACGGCACCGUCGACGCCGCCAACAUGCUCAAGCCGGCACUGGCACGCGGCCGCAUCCGCUGCGUCGGCGCCACCACCGACGAGGAGUAUCGCAAGUACAUUGAGCCCGAUGCCGCGCUCGAGCGCCGGUUCCAGAAGGUUGCCGUCGAGGAGCCCAACGUCGAGGCCACCGUCGCCAUCCUAAGGGGGCUCAAGCAGCGGUACCAAGACCACCAUGGCGUGGAGAUUCAGGACGAUGCUCUUAUUGCUGCCACACACCUCGCUGACCGCUAUAUUACCGGUCGCCAAUUUCCGGACAAGGCAAUUGAUCUGAUUGACGAGGCAUGCGCUGGCGUCAAGUUGCAUGUCGAAAAACAAAAACAAGUUGAAGAUGAACAAAACAGCAGCUCUGUCAAUGCACCCAAGGCGGGAAUUGUUGUGAGUCGAUGGACCAAAAUUCCUUGCACCAUACUUGAUCCAGAGGAUAAUGACAAGUUGAUCGGCUUACCGGGGAAACUGCAUGAGAGAGUGGUAGGCCAGGAUGAAGCGGUCAAUUUGGUUGCCCGAGCAGUGCUACGGUCCCGGGUCGGCAUUGGUCAAUCCGACCAACCAAUAGCAUCUUUCCUCUUUCUGGGUCCGAUUGGUGUUGGGAAGACGCAGCUUGCCAAAGCUCUCGCGGAGAAGAUAUUUGACAACGAGAAGAUGUUGCGCCGUUUUGACAUGUCCGAGUAUGCUGGGAGCGGAUCCGUGUCGCGUCUCAUUGGGGGACCUCGAAGGUACGAAGAAGAAGGGCUACUCACCGAGGAAGCCAGGAGAUAUCCUUACAGUGUCAUCCUUUUUGACGAGGUGGACAAGGCAGAUCCAUCGGUACUCAAGGUUUUUAUUCAACUCCUUGAUGAUGGUAUCUUGACUGAUGGCAAAGGACACGACGUGGAUUUCAAGAAUACUGUCAUCGUCAUGACCUCAAAUCUAGGAGCAGAGCACCUAACGUCAUCAAGAGAGGCUAAAGAAAACACAACGAAAGAUGCACAUGAUCUUCUCAUGAAACAGGUUCGGAGACGCUUGAAGCCCGAACUUAUUAGCAGGCUCAGUGAAACCGUGAUAUUUGAGCCGCUUUCACAUAGCCAACUACGGGAGAUCGUAAAAAUCCAAAUGGAGAGUGUCGCCGCCAAUCUAGCCAACAAGGGUGUCUUUCUAUUUGCAACCGACGCGGCCUUGGACGUCAUUUGGUCAGAGUCACACGACCCUGUGUAUGGCGCAAGGCCUGUGAAGAUGUGGGUGCAGAAAAACGUGACGACAAUUAUUUCGGACAUCCUAAUCAACGGAGAAGCCCGCCAAGGCUCGACGAUCUCCAUCGAUGCUUCCCACGACAAGAAGGGGCUAAAGUACCAAGUGGUGAAGAAAGGGGAUCCGUUUCCUGAUCUAGGAGGCGGCCAGAGUUGAUUUUAGCCGUGCAAUGGCCACUCGAUCUCAGUAUCU